CACGAGCAUUGUGAACAUGUCCGAUUACCUUAAAAUAUGAAACGGUGGUCUCAUAUUACCGUGUUGGAGUCUUUCCCAAAAGAAAAGAAACAAAAAGAAGAGAAGAUAACUUCACUCUACUAUUGUACCAUAGACUUGUUGCCUCUUCUACAAGGGGAAUCUACACUGAGCUUAUGUAAAACCCUGCUGGCAGUUAAUGGCUCCGACGAAAGUACAUUAGAAAAUAACCAACAUAGUAAGCCCGAGGUGGAUGUUACAGUUUCAGUGAGACGCUCACCACUUACCAAGGAGCAUGUUAAUUGCAACAUUCUCAGUGUCACGCUAGAAUCGUGUUACUCGAUGCCGGCUACAUGGUCACCUGACCAAAACCUAACCUACAUUAUUUCUCUUCCUGUUCCAACAAGUGCAGAGAAGGAGCAGGGGAUCGCGUUGCCAGGAGGUGUGCUGUAUUCUUCCUCUGAGAAUGUGGCAGACAGCAGACAACUGCACUGGUGUUGCAGCAGUGUGGACCUGGGUAAUCCCAAAGCUAUUCAUGACAGACUCUUGCCAGCCGAAAUACGUGAGUGCGAUUUGGUCGACUUUAAAGGAGAAGAGGGUGCAGUCUUUCGGAAGGCAGCAGAGAGACCCCGGGUGACGUGGAACAUGUUAAGGAGGUGCUACCUAGACGAGGAUGCUGCAUCCAGUUUUCAGGCAAAGAUAUCUAAAGGGCGGUUUUGGCCUGUAGAAAUUACCAGAGCGCUGAAGGCUUCACUAAAUGCAACCAGUACUGCUAAAGUCAAAAAGGAGAAUGAAGAUCAAAGUAUGUAUCAUGGACUAAUCUACGUGAACCUUUCACCUCUUCUAUAUCCUGGCGUAAACAAAGUUAGAGGGGCGUUCAGGAUACAUCCUUACAGUGAAUCUGCCUGCUGUGAAAAGACCAAGCGUGCACCACUUGCUAUGCCCGCUAUUGGUCAUGGGAUGUCAGACGAAAUGAAAAACAGUAGCUCCACAAUUAACCCAAAGAAACUAGGUAAAGAUGCCAAACGAGGGGCUUCCAAGAUGGAAAUUCCAGUACCAGAGGAGGAUGCAACAUUAAGUAAUCAGGUGGCAGGCAAGGAGUUUGAAGAUGCAAAUGCAUAUGUCGUGAUGGAGUUUUCGUUAGAAAGAUCACUGGUGCCAAAGAGUACUGUUGAGGAACUAUCAGAAAGCGUAUCCGAUUACAUCAAACCACGAUCACCAUUUCCAAAAGUUCAAAACGGUGCUGAGAAGGCAGUUUCUGCAUAUCAAGCCGAGAUUAUCAAGGUUGCAACAAUUGUACUUGAUGAGAUUGGAAAGAUUGACAAUGAAAGUGGGGAUUCUACUGGACAGAGAAGGCUGAAGCUGAUGCACGAGCUAAACGCCAGCGGAAAGUACUUCACCUUCAAAGAGCGGCUCAAGUACGUCAUAGUGAACAUAGUGAGGGAGAAGUACUUCAGGGUGUCAAUCUUCAAGGACAAAGCAGAGAUGCAGAAUUUCCUCAGCGACCUAUACGUGUACUUAGUGGAUCGAAUGCACAAUGCCCUUAACAGUGUCGUCGGGCCAGAAAGUGAGGCGGCACCAGUUCCCCAGUUCACGAGCACCAUCCUACAGCUGCGUCACUUUGCAAAGGAGGCAGAGUCGUUGAAUAAUAUGGAAGCAGCAGGAACGUAUUACCUUGAGAUUAUUGCUCGAGACAAAACGAACAUAGGAAGCUGGCUGAACUAUGGAAGUUUCUGGCUUUUAGCUGGUGAUAUGACAAAGGCUGAAGAAUGCUUCAAGGAAUGCUUGCAAAUCAAUCAAAGCAAUGUUCCAAGCUUACUUCUAACUGGCUUGGUACAUGCUAUGCAAGAAAAGUAUCAAGCUGCAGAAAGGUUCUUUGAACUGGCAAUAUCUGUAGACCCUCAAAACGUACUAGCCUGGACCAUUCUCGGACUGUAUCAUGAAAGCAUCGGUAAUGACAUUGGAUUUGAGAGAGCGUACAGUGAAGCAAACCGGCUCACCUCAGAUUGUCGACAUGCACUUAGCAAUGGCACGCGCAAUGAUACUCCGGACAAAUUAUCCUCUCAGCCUUCCAAGGACAGUGUAUCUACCAUAGUUGAAGGAGCAGAUAGCCCAGAUCUCCAACCUGAUAAGAAGGCAUUGCCAAUGCCUGCACAACCAGAGACGAGUAUCUUCUUAGAAGCUGCCCACUUCUUACUGGAUGCUAAUGUUCUACCCUUUGCAGAGAGAGCUCUAGCAAAGAUGGUAGUUGCUGGCAACUUAGGACACUCGUCCGACUAUCUGAAGCUACUUGCCAAGUUGUAUUAUAUGAAAGGCAAUUACAAGGAGGCUGAGAGUGUUGUUCAAUCUGCGCUGGAGCAGGAAUUUCAGAAUGCCGAGCUCUGGGCAUUGGUUGGUCACAUCAAGCAGAAGUUAGGCGACAUGGCAAAGGCCAUAGAGAAUUAUGAACGAGCACUGUCCUUUGCUGCACAAGCCACCGCAGAUUCCCAUUACCUGCAUGCCGUCUACAUGAAAUUAGGAGACAUCUGCUUAUCAAUGAACAAGUUUGAAUCAGCAAAACACACGUAUCUAUUAGCGUGUAAGAGUUCACCAUCAUGCUAUUCUUGGCUUGGAGUGGGGAAAGCUUGCUACCGGCUCAUCUGA